AUGUACAAUCAAGACCCUAGGACUUUUGAGAUCACUUUUCACCAAGAGACCUAUGCCAAACACUUGAGGCCCAUAAGUCUGACUAAGGAGCGCCAGCGUCAGAGAGAGAGCCCCGCAACGGAACAAGAAAUUAAGGCACUGAGAGCAGUCAACGGUGCGGCCAACUGGAUCUCCUCCCAGACUCGUCCAGACCUGUGUGUACAGACCUCGUUUUCGCAGCAAUCCUUCCCGACACCCAAAGUGAAAGACCUGUUGUACGCUAACCAGCUAGUGCAUCGUGCCCGACAAUAUGCCGACGUUAGCAUCACAGUUCGUCAUAUUCCCUGGAAGGAUUUGUGCAUUGUCUUUCACUCAGAUGCCGGGUUCGGUAAUGCUUCCCAGAGCAAGACCCAAGCUGGGUAUGUAGUGGCGUUUACCGAUAAGAAUCUGGAAAAAGAUCAUCAAGCGGUAUGGUGCCCUGUAGCCUGGAAAUCCCUCAGACUUCCCCGAGUUGUAGCCUCUACUCUUGCUGGAGAGACCCAAGUCUUUUGCGUGGCCAGUGGUCUGGCUGAAUGGCUUUCGCUCAUGAUUUCCGAGAUCAAUCACGGAAGCUUUGAUCUAAGACAAUACGAGAGCCAUCUGGCGGACACUCCCAUCACAGGCAUCACCGACUGCAAGUCGCUGUACGAUGCCUUGCACAGCCCAGG